UGUACUGUUGCCAUGGAGACAUGGGCAACAAGAGGCAGGAUAAGCGAGGGUCUGGAUGGCAAAAUCAGCAAUAUUUUAUAUUGUGACUGCAGCAUGUUAACAUCAAUAGGAGCAGAGCCUUUUGCAGUCAGCUUUCCAGAGUCUUUCCUCAUAGAGAAACCGCACCAUAAGAAAUUCCUGUUCAACAGGCCUGAACAUGGCAAUGGAGCACGCAGUUCACCAAGGCUGUUGUGACUAACACAUUUGACAUAAGCAAAACCUGUUUUGCAGCAGGAAAGUCAGGAAAGUCAUGAAACAAACAGUCGUUUACAUUCGACAGUUUCUCCUCUUGAACAAUGCAGCUGUAACUUAUUAUACACAAAGGAUGGAAGCCUCCUCCCUGGAGUUGGCCUUGGAGGGGGAGCGACUCUGCAAAGCUGGGAACUACAAGGAAGGAGCAUCUUUCUUUGAGGCUGCCGUCAGGGUGGGCACGGAAGACCUGAAAACCCUCAGCGCCAUCUACAGCCAGCUGGGCAAUGCCUACUUUUAUCUUAAGGAGUACAGCAAGGCAAUGGAGUACCACAAACACGAUCUCAUGCUCGCCAGGACCAUAGGCGACCGAAUAGGGGAGGGAAAAGCCAGCAGCAACCUUGGGAAUACGCUGAAGGUCCUGCAGCGCUUCGACGAGGCGGUGGUCUGCUGCCAGCGGCACCUAGACAUCGCCCGCGAGCAGAGGGACAAGGUCGGAGAAGCAAGAGCCCUGUACAAUAUAGGCAAUGUGCUUCACACCAAGGGCAAGCAGAAACUGUGGGGCUGCCCCCAAGAUCCCGGAGACAUCCCCCCUGAUGUGAGGGACACGCUGCAGAGGGCCACGCAAUUCUACGAGAUGAAUCUGUCACUAAUCAGUGAGCUGGGAGACAGGGCUGCCCAGGGAAGAGCUUUCGGAAACCUCGGCAACACCCAUUACCUGUUGGGGAACUUUGUGGAAGCCAUCAAAUUCCACAGAAAGCGCCUCUCUAUUGCCAAGGAAUUUGGUGACAAAGCAGCAGAGCGGAGAGCUUAUAGUAACCUAGGCAACGCUCACAUUUUCCUGGGACAGUUCAAUGCAGCCGCAGAGUAUUACAGGAAGACCCUGCAGCUCUCCCACCAGCUCAAGGACCAGGUGAUGGAAGCGCAGGCCUGUUACAGCCUGGGUAACACUUACACUCUCCUGCAGGAAUACAUCCGUGCCAUCGAGUUCCAUCUUAAGCACCUGGUAAUAGCCCAGCAGCUCUCAGACAGGGUCGGCGAGGGCCGGGCCUGCUGGAGCCUGGGGAACGCCUACGUGUCCCAAGGGAAGCACCAGCAGGCACUGCACUAUGCUCAGAAGCACCUGGAGAUCUCCACAGAGAUCGGCGACCGCAAUGGAGAACUCACAGCCCGCAUGAAUGUGGAGCAGCUAAUGUUAGCACUGGGCAUGAGCAAAGUGGACCUGUCACGCUCUGGAUCUUUGCAGUUUGAAGCACAAGAACAAGGUGCUAGACCGAAAUUCAACAAAAGCAGCAAGAAGAACAUCGAAUUGUGGAAGUGCUCUUCAGAAAAGAAGCUGGGCCGGGAUCCCUCAGAUGAGGACUGCUUCUUUGACCUCCUCAGCAAGUUCCAGAGCAGCCGCAUGGAUGACCAGCGCUGCAAUCUCAAUGAGCAGCAGGUCUGGGAGAAGGGAAAGACUGCUUCAAGUCGGGGCUCACUGGUGGACAAUGUGAAGGAAUCUUGCUCCAACGUUUCCUCAUCACAAACAGAGGAGCUCUUCGACCUCAUUGCUAGUUCCCAGAGUCGGAGGCUGGACGACCAGAGGGCCAGCGUGGGAAACCUGCCGGGUUUGAAGAUCACACAUAACAACCUGAGUCACCUGUGUGGGGAGACUGACGCCAAGGAGCCAGGAGAUGAUUUCUUCAACAUGCUCGUCAAGUGCCAGUCCUCUAGAAUCGAUGACCAGAGGUGUUCCCCACCUGAUCUGGGUCCCAAAGCCCCAACAGUGCCAGAUGAGGACUUCUUUAGCCUUAUCCAGAGAGUCCAGGCAAAACGCAUGGAUGAACAACGAGUCUUCCUUCCUACGAAUGAGCCGGAUGAGGCCAGCUCAGACGCAGCAACCCCUCCUUCUGGAGAUUCCAGUUAGGGCUGUAUAACCCCAGGUUGACCUCCAAGUCUGCGACACACUCAGCCACCCACCAAUUUCCAUUUUCAUUUAUUUAAAAAAAUAUUUAUGUCAGUAUAAAGGCAGAGAGAAAGUCAAGUUCUGGAAGCCAUUAAGAGAGAUCAGUCAAGAUAAAGUCGAAGUCUUUUACAUUCUUUGGAAGGUUUUACAUUCUUUGGACUCAAGACAUCGCACACAAAGUAAGGUCAAUUUAAGAAAACUGAAGCUAGCUAAAGAGCUGACCGCUAUAGGGAUAAAAUAAAAAAGGAAGAAUGACUGAAAGCCAAAUGCACACUAUUGUGUGAAAGUGAGACACAGUUUGCUAUUCCCAUGCUUCCCACUAAAAUAACAAUUGUAAAUGAGUGUUUGGGAUAAUACAAUUACACCGUGAGCUGAGAAUAAUGUAAAACCACUUUAUUAUUAUUGGCCAAAAGAAUAAAAGGGUUAAUGCUGGCUUACUUGUCAAUAUACAGCAUGCGUGAUGGUAGAGGAGGACAGAUUAUAGGUGUUUGAAAAGGAUUUUUUCUUUACAUUUUGUAGUUUGUGAGGAUCCUGUCAUUGCCCUGUCUGUGAUCCCCCAAAUGGACGAGUGGGGGGGGUUUGAGGAGCUGGAGCGAGACUGUGUGCAGCCAACAUAGCAUCCAUGCGGGUCAUACUUUAUUUAUGGCUAGAUAAUUGACUGGGGGCAGAAUUUUUUUUUCUUCACACAGAACAUUGCACUCAGUCCACUUUGGUUUUCCUCCAGUUUCCUCUUUGUAUUGUACAGGACCUUGCAGAACUUAAUAUAGUGUUAAGUUUUAAAUCUGGGGGCUAAACAUCAGGGAUAAAUAAAAAUAAUAAUUUUAGGUUGUGAAAUAUAUAAUAAUAUUAACAUUAAAAUAUUUUGGAAUAUUGCUUUCAUAAACAAUGCCUGACAUGUGUUUGCAUUGUUUGAAGUAUCAGUCAACCUAUAGGACUAGUACAGUCAGGCACAUGUUAAACGUGGGAUAUUCAGGACUCUGUUCUGAGCCAGCAGGUUGCAGCUCCAGGACUUUUGCACUUCCUGGGUCUUUUUGACUGUUUUCCACAACAUGUUUUCCUUGCACAGCAUAACUGCAUUUUUUCCUGCAGCACUGGAUGAAUAAUCUGCAUUACUGCACCAAAAGCUGAAACCAGCUAGAGUUUAAAAAAUACGAAUUCUGAAAAAGCACCUUGUGAGCAAAAGAACUAAUUCAGCAACCAAGAGUGAGGAUAUUUACUGUUGUUUUCAUAUUCUGGGCAAUCCUGCACUGGGUAAACAGUACCAGAAAUGAAUAGAUGGAUGGAUAUUACAUUGUGAACACAAUUGCCCCUUAAUACAAGAAGGACUAACGUAUUACUGAACUGAUGUGGAAUGGAGAGAUAGAAUUAUAACAUAAUUAGAUGCAGCCCAAGCAGGCAAUAUAAUAAAAAGUAAAAUUGUGAAAGAAACGCAAAAAAUAUUUAAGUAUUACUUAUAUAAAAAAAAAGUUGUAGGAGUAUGGUCAUUUGGCCUGCAGUUUUGGUUACGUAUUAGCUCUAGAUUUUAGCUGUGAAGACAUUAAAUUGAAACAUGGUACUAGGACUGAGGUUGACUUUUCACAGGAAUUGUGGUUCUACCUCAGAAUCAUUAUGCAUAUGUGUAUGUGUGUUUGUGUGUAUUAAUGAUAAGUGAAAAGUUAAAUUGAUCCCAUUGACUUGUAUACUUUCUUACUGUCAAAUGUACAAUACAAAAAGCUUUUGUAUUUUUCAGAUUGUGAAUGUGGGAACCUCCCCUCUGUUAACAAUAAAGCUGUUAUGGGAUGUGCUUUACCUGUGGUUCAGACAAGUUUGGUAGAAAUGUCAGACUGAACACUUACUCUCCAAAGGAAGGAUAUUUACAAUUUCUGGUCUGCAUUGCAGCACGUGACCUGCAGAUGACACUGUGGUCUGUUGUUGCUCCAUGACAUCCUCCACCCAGGUAGAGUUUUUGUACAGGACACAAUAAAUAUCCAUACUGCCAAACAAAGUUUUUUAUGCAAUAAUCAAAGUCAAACGCUCCCCAAGUGCGCUCAGGGUGUUAUCUACAAUAUUAUUAUUGCUGGUUGUAGAUUUUUCUUGAACAGUUUUUGGAAAUUUUUAUUGACUUUUCAUGGAACAUUUGGAUGAAGGCUGGGAAUAAAGAUGCAUGCAGUGGUAUGAUGGAUACUCUGUUGUCUCUGUGCCAUUUUGGAGUAAAUUGUUUUUUUUUAGUGUUUAUAUCAUUUUGAUCAUUUAAAUAAAUAUGAAAUGUUCUACUCUU